UCUGUCGUUUUUUUGUCUGCUUCUAAUGAAGACCACGGUUUGGGAAUGGUGGGGCUGACUUGCUUCAGAUUGGAGGGGGACUCUAAUCACCAUCGAAAUCGUCCGUGGGGUGCGCAUCUGCUGUUGCUAUGCAAGCUAGGGGAAGGGAAAAAAGAGAGUGCGGGGUGGCUGCUGGGCUAGGGCUGCGGCGCGGUUGGAGAGCGGUGGGGACGCGUUUGCUGCGACAGGGCGGGCCUGGCUGCUCAGCGCUCCUUCGUCCUCUGGAGCCGGCCUCACCCGUGCACCCGUCAUGGGUGACGCUCCCUAAACUCCGUUCCUGGGGCUCCCAGAAAGCCUGGGAACCUCGCAGCCACCUGAGAUCAGCCCUGGGCGUGAGAAGACUCAGGGUGACCUGCUAGUGUGCUAGAAGGCAAAAGCAUUCGCUGGCACAGAAGUUACCAGGAAACUUUGACAGCGGUUGACUUCCCUGUGAUGCAGGUUAUCCAUCUUAACGCAUGAGGCCACCUGGCAGAGACCACCGAGGAAGGGGUCAGUGGGUCUCAGAAUCUUGGACAGACCUUCGGGGAGGCUGUCGAUGUCCUGCUCUUCUAAACGCUAGGAAGAAGGCCUGUGUGUGUCAUUGCAAGCCUGAGCCUGACUCCCAAGGAUGAGGCCGUUCUUCCUGUGGAUUUGAUGGGCAGUUAGAGCAGCCACAUUUUUUUUUUCUGCCUGACUGCAGGGCUGCAAAGCAGCAGCUGAAGGGACAUUGACAUGGAUUGGUGGUGUUACUAAGGCGUGCUUCCAGGGCUUAAACACAUUCAGUUGGAAUAAAGCUCAGAGCUCAACCCUCUUUUUUUUUCCCCUUUUUCUUUCUUGGCAUGGAUUUCUGGAGCCUGUUGCCGCUCAUCAGAGAAGCACCAUUCUUUUUUGGAAGUAGAUUUUCAACUUAAUCCUGACUGAGAAAGGCUGCUGGCUGCUGUAAAUGAUCAGGCAAGACCCCCUGAGCUGUACUGAGAAGAAGUUCAUGUGCAGAUUUGGUUUUUUUCCCGUGUGUUGUCUGAGGAAUUGCAUCGCCACAGACAUUCGCCAGCAGACACUCAUGGCUGCUCUGUGGAUGUGAACAAGAAAAGCAAACCACAGGAAACCGACGCCUUUUAUUUCUUUUUUACAUUUUCACCUGAUGGUGAAGGGUCCCCUCUUUUCCUUUUUUUGGCUGAAAAAUUGUUGCUGCUUCCUAAAUCAGGAUUCAUCAGGAUUUGCCUGAAGACUUCUUAAAAAGCCUUCGUCACAUUUUAACGCAUCGCUCGCUGUCAGACACUUCUGGGGCUCAUCCUCAUGAGCUUGGCAGGGGAAGAACGAACCCUAGCAUGGAAUAAUGGAUUUUGGAAAGUUCAAGAGAUCAUUUGAAGGAACUGGAUUUACCUUUGGCACAAAUGCAGGAUGGGGCAGGGGUAGGUGAAAAAGCAAAGAUUGGAAGGAAAUAUCUGCGAAGGUAGAAAAAGGAAAUUUGAGAACUGAUUGGCUGUAGUUGCUGUCAGCGGGUGGAUGUCGUUUUCUUCUCUCCCUCUCUCUCUUUUUGCUACAGGAAGUGGUUUGCGGAGCUCACCGAGCCUUUGUUGAGAAGGGUCUCCUCAGAGUGAGUCACGCUUUUGCUGGGAGCAGCCCCGUGCAGCUGGGCGCUCCAUCAGCGGCAACUAUGACUUUUGCAAGGCAAGCGUUCCACCCCAACCCGUGGUCUCCCGGGCCCGCGCUGCGUGUCCGUUGCUCUGCUGCCUUGUAACGGUGUGAGGGCUCGGUCGUCGGCCUCGGCUGUCCCUCUCCGGAAAGGCUGUCCUGGGACCCCAGCUCCUUGUCCCGCUCCGGGGCCCGCGGCUCGUGUGCUAUGCGCGGCAGCCCGCACCGGGGCCGGCACCAGCAGCGCCCGGGCGGAUGCGGCGAGCUCACGGAGGGGCAUGCUUCCACGCACCAAGUACAACCGCUUCAGGAAUGACUCGGUGACAUCGGUCGAUGACCUUCUCCACAAUCUGUCGGUGAAAGGCAGCGGCGGCAAGGUCUCGGAGGCGGCGCCCGCGGCGACCCCCUACCUGGUGUCGGGCGAGGCGCUGCGCAAGGCGCCGGACGAUGGGCCCGGCAGCCUGGGCCACCUGCUCCACAAGGUGUCCCACCUGAAACUCUCCAGCUCCGGCCUGCGCGGCCUGUCGUCCGCUGCCCGGGAGCGGGCGGGCGCGCGGCUUUCGGGCAGCUGCAGCGCGCCCAGCCUGGCGGCCCCGGACGGUGGCAGCGCGACCCCCGGGGCUUGCGCCCAGGCCGCCAGCAUGAGCGCCACCAGGAAGAGCCGGGCCGGCGACGAGCCGCUGCCCAGGCCCCCGCGGGGCGCUCCUCACCCCAGCGAGCAGGUGUUGGGGCCAGGAGUCACCUAUGUGGUCAAGUACUUGGGAUGCAUUGAAGUUCUGCGCUCAAUGAGGUCUCUGGACUUCAGUACAAGAACUCAGAUUACCAGGGAAGCCAUCAGUCGUGUCUGCGAAGCUGUGCCAGGUGCCAAAGGAGCCUUCAAGAAGAGAAAGCCUCCAAAUAAAAUGCUGUCCAACAUUCUGGGGAAGAGCAACCUCCAGUUCGCAGGGAUGAGCAUCUCCCUGACCAUCUCCACCGCCAGCCUGAAUCUGCGCACUCCCGACUCCAAACAGAUCAUAGCGAACCAUCACAUGCAGUCCAUCUCCUUCGCCUCGGGGGGAGACCCGGACACAACAGACUAUGUUGCUUAUGUCGCUAAGGACCCUGUUAAUCGCAGAGCUUGCCACAUUCUGGAAUGCUGUGAUGGGCUAGCCCAAGAUGUCAUUGGCUCCAUCGGACAAGCCUUUGAGCUCCGGUUCAAACAGUAUUUGCAGUGUCCUUCCAAGAUUCCUGCUCUGCAGGACCGGAUGCAGAGUCUAGAUGAGCCGUGGACUGAAGAGGAGGGAGAUAGUCCCGAUCACCCAUACUACAACAGCGUUCCCAGCAAGAUGCCCCCUCCAGGGGGAUUUCUUGAUGCUCGAUUGAAAGCCAGACCCCACACUCCUGACACAGCCCAGUUUGCAGGGAGGGAGCAAACUUACUACCAGGGAAGACACUUAGGAGACGCCUUUGGUGAAAUCUGGCAGCGAGCACCCACCAGGCAGGGUUCCUUGGACAUCUACAGCACACCAGAAGGGAAAGGGCACAUGGCUCUGGUAGGAGAGACACCAACCUAUGUCAACACCCAGCCAAUCCCUCCACAGGUUUGGCCAGCAGCAAGCAGCAGCACCGAGAGCAGCCCACGGAAGGACCUCUUUGAUAUGAAGCCUUUUGAAGAUGCUCUCAAGAACCAGCCCCUGGGGCCCGUGUUGAGCAAAGCAGCGUCUGUGGAGUGCAUUAGCCCUGUUUCACCCAGAGCCCCAGAUGCCAAGAUGCUGGAGGAGCUUGAUGCAGAACCCUGGUACCAAGGAGAGAUGAGCAGGAAGGAGGCAGAGGCACUGUUGCAGGAAGAUGGAGACUUCCUAGUCAGAAAGAGUACUACCAACCCUGGUUCCUUUGUCCUCACGGGCAUGCACAAUGGCCAGGCCAAGCACCUGCUGCUGGUGGACCCGGAAGGCACGAUCCGGACGAAGGACAGGAUCUUCGACAGCAUCAGUCACCUCAUCCACUACCAUCUUGAGAGCAGCCUGCCCAUCGUCUCUGCCGGGAGUGAGCUUUGCCUCCAGAAACCUGUGGCGAGGAAGCACUGACCAGGCCCAGAGCCCUCCCCAUGCUGUGCGCCAGGUCAGGGGACCUGGGCUCCACUGCUCUCAGCCUAUGGGAACUGGGGCAGCUGUCUGUGGGCUCAUCACCCUUUCAAAAUCCCCCCCCCCAAGGAGGUUUCCUUUGAGUUCAAAUUUCAUAAACAUGUUCCACACAUCUCA